AAUGGUCGCCUUCGUUUGACAGCAGCCCCACACAGCUCACGUCGUAAAAUCAACAAACAGUGUGCUUUUUAGCUGCUUUUGUGUUCCCGUAGGCAUUCACUUUUUUCAGCUGGAAUCGUGAUUAUUCGAAAGUGUUUUCAGAAAUCCAGCCAGCAGCUUGGCGCACGACAUUACACGGUCGAGUGGAAUCAGCGCAGCGUACGAAACUAUUCGUUGAAUCCAUCCAUCGAGCAGCAGCAGCAGCAGCAACAGUGGCGCUGACGGUGGUAGCUGCGGUGCAGCCAAUAACGACGGUGCUGAUGGCCGAGGAACAGGAACUGGCUCGCGCUCCCACACAAGGGCGUUUGCGGCAGCCGAACAUGUCGAUUACGGAGUUUCUGAAAGAUCUGCCAUGCCACAACGAGGAAAACUUUUCGCUCUUUAACACGGAAAAUGGCGUAAAAACAUCCUCGAAAAGGCCUUCCGUCUACAUCCCCACGGUAGAUAUCCCUUCCGAGCAGGUCAUAGUCACGGACAAGAAGAAUAUUCUGCUCCGCUACCUACAUCAACAAUGGGAAAAGAAGAAUCCUCCCAAAAAGCGUGAGCUUGAAAAUGCGUCGAACGAUCUGCUGCGCAAAAGACCCCGCCUCGAAACACGCGACAAUAACAACACGUAGACGACGGAAGGAUGAAAACGGAAACCGGAAACACACACACACUAAAUUAGCGUUCUAAAGAAAUUAAAUGAUAAGCUUUGAGUGUCAGGUUGAACAGCAGGGGUACGUGUGUAGGGGAUGUGUAAGGGGUGAAUCGGUCGAUCAAGGGAAUAUCGAGGAGCGUAGAAGAUAGCUUCAGUAAUAUCUUACUUGUCGCUAGGAGAGGAGCAAAGAUACCGUGCGCGGAAGGCGGUAAAAGGGAACCACAUCGCAUCAGUGUAGGUCUCGAUACUAGUAUGAAUUUUCAAAAUCUGAUACAAUUCUCCUGAGGGCGAGAUCAGGCGUGUUUUUUCAAAGCUCCCAGUAACCGGGGCAGCAUUGAACGUUUUUGUGGAAGGAUGUCUCAAGCAGGUAGUGUCUGUCGUGUUUGAUGUCCUAUUUGGUUUAAAUUUCAAUCAUGUUGUGUCAGUAAUUUUUUUUCGUGUUUCUUCCCUUUGUCUUCAGUUACACCUGUAACGCAGAGAAAAGAAGUAAUGGCUAAGACAUACUAAGAUAUGUAGUUUUCCCAUCGUAUUGUAUUAGAAUUGUCCUUAAGUCGUUAGAACGCCAUUCAAGAUACCCAACGCACACAAACGAAUGGGUGUUUUUCUCAAUACAACUCCAUUGCCCUGUGGUGUGCGACUAGUUGUACUUUCCCUAGAAGAGGAUGAAGUCAUCUACACCUUGUAGCGUAGCCGGGAAAUUCAGCAGCAGAUCAUCGUGCUGUGUCUCAGCGGAAAGCAGGGCAGGAAUAAGCAACCACCAUGGCUCGGGAAAUGUGCUGGUAAAUUAUCUUGAAAUCGUGUAAGAAACCAAUAGGAACGAUCGAUAGUGUAGCUUGAAGUAUGGAUGAGAAGACUUCCAAGCAAAUAACGGCAAGUGUCACAACAGUUUUCUUCUAAAGCUACUCAUAAAAAGAAACAACAAAAGCAUUCAUACCCGAUUAAGGAACCAACGUACCACGUACAUAAACUGUAGUAUAAACAUA